CAUAAAUCUACACUCGUGCGAUACUUAUCAUCAUAUACCUACACGUUAAAUUGUGAAUUAUUCGUUUCAGCAUCAUAUUUUGUGUAGAAAUUGGACCUUAUCCUUCGGUUCGGCAUAUUUUCCUUUGAAAAUGAACGCUUUAUUGGACUAUGGCACGUCGUCCAGCGAUUCUGAAGAAGAAGAACCCAAGAAGCCGACCUCGGUUGAAAGUACAAAACCAAAGCUACCAAAACCGGCUCUAGGAGAAAGCUCACUACAAACUUCUGUGUUCUCCAAUCCAUUUGCUGAAGCUGAAUUAGCCAAGGCAGCUAUCCUCGAAAAACAUGUUAAAAUGGUUCCAGGUAAAGAUGAAACUCUCAUGAUUAAUGGCAAGAAGAUUUGUUGGAACUACCGGAAGGGAAGAUGCCGGUUUGGCCAUAACUGCAAGUACGCACAUGACUCGGACAUUCAGAAAACAACUGAUGAACUGGAUGCAGAAAAACAAAAAUUGAACACAGUUGUUUGUGAAGGCUCUGGCACAAUGACCUCAGCACCACCCCCACAGGCACCUCUAGAUCCCAAACUACCCACAGAUGAUGAACUUUGGGAAGGAGGGCCAGAAAGGAAGAAGAAAAGACCAGGUCUAAGCCAAGGCUUAGUGCCAGGGAAGAAAGUGUUGCAGAUGUACCAAGACCAGAAAAAGAAAGAUAUCAAUAAAAAGAAAUCAUAAUAAUAUACCAAUA